AUGACUUGUGUGUUUAGUGCUGAUGUUACAGUGAUAGUGACGAAGGGAGAUCAUGUUACUCUGCCCAUUAAUCUUGUUAAAAUAAAGGAUGUUGAAAAGCUGCGUUGGACGUUUGAAGACAAUGACAGUGUAACUAUUGAUAAGACGGUAAAAAAUAUUGAUAAGAAGGUACAAUACAGUGGUGAGAAAUUCAAAGACAGACUGGAUGUGAAUGAUGAGAAUGGAUUUCUUACCAUCCCGAACAUUGAAACUCAAGACAUUGGAAAAUAUAAGCUGGAGAUCAAGACAAUCAAUGACAAAAUAUUAAAUCCAAUCAAGACAUUCAAUGUUAUUCUUAAUGUGGAUCAAGCGAUCAUGGUGUCUGUGAUGAAGGGAGAUAAUGUAACUCUACCCACUGGUGAAAUACAGACUCACUGUGUGAAAGAGUGGAAGUUUAAUGGCACUGACUUAACUGACUCGACGAUCCGAAACAUCACAGCGGAUAUAGGAUAUAAAGUGGACAUCAACUGCACAGAUUUUGUUUUACAACGGGCAGUCAGCGUUAACUUCAAUGAUGAAAAGUCAGUAUCAGAUAUGAGGGGAGAAACUCUCACCCUGCACAUUGAUACAGAAACACAGAAAGAUGAUGCGAUAGAGUGGAAGUUUAACGGUUUUACCAUAGCUGAAUUGAACAGAACAGCCCAUCCAUACACAAAGUAUGAAAAUAAUGUGACACUAGAUUCGCAUGGAUCUCUCAUCAUCAUAAAGCUCAAAACUGAAGACUCUGGACUUUAUGAUGUAAACAUCAAAAGCAGCAAUCGCUUUAUUCACAAGAGAUUCAGCCUUACUGUCAUUGGUGAGUAUCUUGUUUUUCAUAUCAGUGUCUUUAAAUCUGUGAUCUACAUCUUAACUACAUGAUAAGAAAUCAACAUU